UGACGUGGCCGGGCGGGCGGUGGCGGCUCCUCCCGGCGCGGCUGGCCGCCCUUGGCUGCGAGGGAGGGGCGGGGUGGCCGGGGCCGUGCUCCCCGGGCCAGCUCGCGGCCCGCCCCGCCGCCCCGGCCCCCCGGAUGAGGGUAUAUAUUCGGAGCGGGCGCGGGACGCCGAGGAGUGGCCGCGCGCUGGGAGCCGGAGCCGGGCGGAGUCGCCGUUGCGCCGAGGGAGGUUUACAGGUGCAGAGAUUACACCUCUAUUUUCACAAAGCUUGGCUACCAGAGCAUUAUGAAUGUUAACGAUCUCAAAUUCAGGUUGUCCAAAGCUGGACAGGAACACCUGCUACAGUUCUGGAAUGAGCUGGAUGAAGCCCAACAGGUAGAACUUUAUGCAGAGCUCCAGGCCAUGAACUUUGAGGAGCUGAACUUCUUUUUCCAGAAGGCAAUUGAAGAUUUUAACCAGUCCUCUCAGCAAGAGAAGAUGGAUGCACGAAUGGAGCCUGUCCCUCGAGAGGUGUUGGGCAGUGCUACCAGGGACCAGGAUUGGCUGCAGGCCUGGGAAAGUGAAGGACUUUUCCAGAUUGCUCAGAACAAAGUGGCAGUUCUUCUUCUAGCUGGCGGGCAGGGGACGAGACUUGGUGUUGCAUAUCCCAAGGGAAUGUAUGAUGUUGGUUUGCCAUCUCAUAAGACGCUUUUUCAGAUUCAGGCAGAGCGUAUCCUGAAGCUUCAACAGUUAGCUGAAAAAUAUCAUGGCAACAAAUGCAUCAUUCCAUGGUAUAUAAUGACCAGUGGCAGAACAAUGGAAUCUACAAAGGAAUUCUUCACAAAGCACAAGUACUUUGGUUUAAAAAAGGAGAAUGUAAUCUUUUUUCAGCAGGGAAUGCUGCCUGCUAUGAGUUUUGAUGGGAAAAUUAUUUUGGAAGAGAAGAACAAGGUUUCUAUGGCUCCAGAUGGGAAUGGUGGUCUUUAUCGGGCUCUUGCAGCCCAGAAUAUUGUGGAGGACAUGGAGCAGAGAGGCAUUUGGAGCAUUCAUGUCUAUUGUGUUGACAACAUCCUGGUAAAAGUGGCAGACCCACGGUUCAUUGGAUUUUGCAUUCAGAAAGGAGCGGACUGCGGUGCGAAGGUGGUAGAAAAAACGAACCCUACGGAGCCAGUGGGAGUGGUUUGCCGCGUGGAUGGAGUCUACCAGGUGGUGGAAUACAGUGAGAUUUCCCUGGCGACGGCUCAGAAACGAAGCUCGGAUGGACGCCUGCUAUUCAAUGCAGGGAACAUUGCCAACCAUUUCUUCACCGUACCGUUUCUGAGAGAUGUUGUCAAUAUUUAUGAACCUCAGUUGCAGCACCAUGUGGCUCAAAAGAAGAUUCCAUAUGUGGAUUCCCAGGGGCAAUUAAUUAAGCCAGACAAACCAAAUGGAAUAAAGAUGGAAAAAUUUGUCUUUGACAUCUUCCAGUUUGCAAAGAAGUUUGUGGUGUAUGAAGUGCUGCGAGAAGAUGAGUUUUCCCCGCUAAAGAAUGCGGACAGUCAGAACGGGAAGGACAAUCCUACUACUGCGAGGCAUGCUUUGCUGUCCCUUCAUCACUGCUGGGUCCUCAACGCAGGGGGCCACUUCAUCGACGAAAAUGGCUCUCGCCUCCCAGCUAUUCCCCGCAGUGCUACAAAUGGAAAGUCAGAGACCAUCACAGCUGAUGUCAAUCUCAACUUGAAGGACGCCAAUGAUGUACCAAUUCAGUGUGAAAUCUCUCCUCUUAUCUCCUAUGCUGGAGAAGGAAUAGAAAGUUAUGUGGCAGAUAAAGAAUUCCAUGCACCUUUAAUCAUUGAUGAGAAUGGAGUUCACGAAUUGGUGAAGAAUGGUAUAUGAACCAGAAACCAAGUUCACCACACCCAGUUUUGCUGUUGUUGUCCAUUCCAUUUCUCAAAAAGACUUGUGAGGUUUGGGUUCUCCAUCAGAACAAGCUCCACAUCGAUCGUGAGGACAGAACCACAGGGUGGUAGCACCUGAACGGUACGCCUCAUUUCCUUUUUUCUGGACCUUCAUCUGCGGUUUUCCCUCUCCCCAUCUUUAAAUAAGCUUGCACCAAACCAGGAAGGGGAUGGCGGGCGGCAUGGGAUGGGGGUCGUGGCUUUGCUGGAGAAGAGUGGCGGCCCAGGGACACUGGGUCCCAUGAGGGUGGAGAGUCUGGUAGCCUCGGGGCUGUGAAAUUACCAGGUGGUAGCAUGAUGCACCUUCAGGAAUCCUUGUUGAAUAAUCGUUCUAAUUUGGAAAAUACAGAAUUGGGUAAAAUGGUUAUAAAAAUAUGAAUUAGAGUCAUUUGGCAGCAGUGUGGUAGAAUUUACAUGAGAGUUAAUCUCUUUGAGUCUGGUUGAAAUCACCCUUGCAAAUGUGUCAGGAACUUUACUGAUAGUCACAAAUGAACAUAUAUUUGAUUUUUGUUCCUCAGUUUCCCUCUUGCUGCUUGAAAUUGAUCCAGUUUUGACAUCUAUAAAGGAAUUACUAGGGACAUUUACAGGAAGAUGAACAAAAUUUUAUUUUCCAAUUUCUAGCCCUUCUCUCCCACAAAAUUUGGGCUGUUAUUGGCAACAGUGUGGGCUCAUUGCUAACCCCAGCUUACUAUCUGCAGUGUUUCCUCUUGAUAAUUCGUCAUGGUACGGUCAGAUCUCAGUUAUCUAGGUAAAAUGAGGCAAGGAAAAAGGCAUAAUCCAAGAGAGUGACUAAAACACAAGUCAUUCUGUUGGCUUGGAAGUCUGUUUUCCUACUGGCCAAGACUGAUGCUUUUGCACUUCAUGGCCCUCUUGAGAACCCCAGUUUAGGGAAGGCAUGUUGGGAAGUGAUGGGGUGAGUCAGCCAAUGAGGGCCGAGUGUAGAUCACAUGCCCAGCACUCUGGGCACACAGAGCCCUCUCCUUCCACAGCCUGCAUUCUGGUUCAGGUGAUAAAAUGAACCCACUUAAACAAGGCAAAGAUAAUUUAGUACUAAAAUGUAAGGAAUCAACUUCAGUGGAAGUUAAACAAAGGUCAUCACUAUGAACUGGAGUUUGGUAAAGCAGAACUUCUCAACAAAGAACCCUGUCAUUUUGAGAGUAGAGCUACUAUGCCUUUCUCAAAUUAGGGUCAGAGGUUUAUGUUCUAACAGAAAAAGGUACCUUAAUAAUUCUAACAUGUAUUAUGAAAAACCAGUGAGGUUUUUACUAAUCAGAACCAUGUUUUGCUCAUAGUAAGCUCUCAAAUAAUUUAACUCUGAUCUAUUGGAUUUAGUUGCCUUAAAAUCAAAUGUAUAUUGUGAUUCAGAUACGGAUUAUUAAAGGGAGUUUGGUUAUUGUGGGGAGAAGGGGUUACUUAGCUGCAUCAAAGUUGCCAGGUGAUGCCCAAGUUGUAGGGUUAGUGAACAGACCUGUAACAGUGAUUUUCUGAGUGUGUUCCCCUGACUGGGUACAUCAGUGUCACCUGGAAACUUGUUAGAAACGCACAUUUGCAGAAUCCCUGCAUUACACAUUUGUAGGUGAGGCCUAGAAACUUGUGUUCACAUGAACCCUCCAGGUGAUUCUGAUGUACACCAAAGUUUGGGAACCACUGCUCUAAGAAGGCCAACCAAAAGGUCAGGAGUGUUACAAAAAAGAGAACACACACUAGGGGAAAACAGAGAGGCCAGUGUUCGUGAAGCCCGGAGUAGGGUAAGCUGGAAACCAAAUAGGUAUGUCUUAUGUGAGCUUUACUCUGAAAUACCAAGGGAAUGGUACUGAUGGUAGUAAGAGUGAAGAUGGUGCUAGCAAGACCUGACCAGGACUGUUGGAAUUGCUAGGACAAUGGUUUCUAAACACUUCGGAUUCUCUGAAUCACUUGGAGAGAUUAAAACAAACAAACACUCUAGUUGUAGAGGUGGUGAUUCUCAGUCUGGUGAGAGCCUGAGUAGCUAAUUUUAUAAAAAGCACUAGAUGAUUCCAGAGUGCAGCUAGGAGUGAGAAUCACGACUUGAUUUAGAAAUCAUCAGUCAAGGACGAGGGGAAAAGGAGUUUGGAUGUGUU